UGAAGUGGCAACGAUGGAGGCGAGUCAGGAACUAGCAGCGAAUUCAAUCCUGCAAGAUGAGUGCUAUGGUGAUUUCCUGAAAGAGGAUUUCGAUGUGAAAACAUACACAGCUCAGGCCAUUCAUCAUGCAAUCAUCGCAGAGCAGUUGGCAAAGCUGGCAGAGGGCAUCAGUCAGCUGGAUAAAGAGCUGCACUGUCAGGUAGUGGCCAGACAUGAAGAUCUACUGGCUCAGGCAACAGGAAUUGAGUCUCUCGAAGGUGUCUUACAAAUGAUGCAGACUAGAAUUGCAGCUCUGCAGAGUGCUGUAGACAGGAUAAGGACCAAAAUAGUUGACCCUUACAAUAAGAUUGUGGCACGGACAUCCCAGCUCGCCCGCUUACAGGUGGCAUGUGACUUGCUGAGAAGGAUCAUUCGAAUCUUGUACCUGAGCAAACGAUUACAGGGGCAACUGCAGGGGGGCAGUAGAGAGAUCACCAAAGCUGCCCAGAGUCUCAAUGAGUUGGAUUACUUGUCCCAAGGUGUGGAUCUGUCUGGUAUUGAUGUCAUAGAGAAUGACUUGCUGUUUAUCAGUCGAGCGCGUUUGGAGGUGGAGAACCAAGCCAAACGGUUACUGGAACAGGGCAUGGAAAUUCAGAAUCCAUCUCAGGUGGGAACGGCCCUACAGGUUUUCUACAACCUCGGCAGUCUGAGAGAGACCAUCAGAAAUGUGGUGGAUGGAUACAGGGCGUCUGUGCAGGAGAAUGUUAUCAAUGCCCUUGAUAUUAAAGUCCUCACUCAACCAGCCAACACCAGAGGUGCUCCUGGCAGAGCUGUCAUGCCCACUCCCGGAAACACAGCCGCGUUUCGUGCUGCUCUCUGGACAAAUUUAGAGAAGCUUAUGGACCAGAUAUGUGCCGCUUGUGGUCAGGUGCAACACCUGCAAAAGGUUUUAACUAAAAAGAGAGACCCUGUGACCCAUGUGUGCUUUAUUGACGACAUCAUCAAGGAUGGACAGCCUGACAUCUUGCACACCUUUUGGAGUUCAGUCACUCAGACGCUCUCCGAGGAGCUUCAGAAAGCCACAGCCGCGUCGACCUUCCUCAAGCAGGCUCUGGAGGGCGAGUAUCCCAAACUCCUGAGGCUUUACAAUGAGCUGUGGAAGCGUCUGCAGCAAUACAGUGCAAGUAUACAGGGGGUGCUAGUGAGCAGUGCUGCAGGUAUGGACAUGGAGCUGUCAACGUCAGAACAUGAUACUGAAGAUCUGUUCACCCGCACUAAACCAGACUAUGAUCCAGAGAAGGAUCUGAAGUGCUCACUGCAACCAUACGAAGCCGCUUACCUGUCCAAGUCCCUCUCUCGUCUCUUUGACCCCAUCAACCUGGUGUUUCCUCAGGGAGGGCGAAAUCCACCAUCCAACGAUGAGCUGGACAGCAUCAUAAAGACCAUAGCCAGCGAGCUGAACGUUGCAUCAGUGGACCCGGACCUGACGGUCGCAGUAGGCAAGAACGCAGCCAAGACGGUGCAGCUCUUCUGCGUCAAAUCGGAGCAAUUGCUGUGUACGCAGGGUGAUGCCAGUCAAGUGAUCGGACCCCUGACAGAAGGCCAGAGGAGGAAUAUCGCCGUUGUAAACUCUCUUUUCCGCUUACAGCAAGCUGUUGCUAAAGUCAUUUCUGGGAUGGGCUCCGUCCCGCCGGCAGCAGAACAAGCCCUCGCCGCAUCUUUAGAGUCGGUUCAAGCUCUGAUGACUGCUGCCGUUCAGCCGCUUCUCAGCUCUGUCACCGAUUCUGUUGAAGCAAUACUCAUCACAAUGCAUCAGGAGGAUUUCUCCAGUCCUCUCCCUGCGGGCGGUCGCCCAGACGUGCCGUGUUCUCUGUACAUGCGUGAGCUGCAGGGCUUCAUCACACGCGUGAUGAACGAUUAUUUCCGCCCUCUUCAGUGUCUGGACUUCCUGUACGACAGCACAGAGGACAUCGCCCAGCGCGCCAUCACCCUCUUCAUCCGUCACGCCUCACUCCUGCGGCCGCUCGGGGAAGGAGGCAAGAUGAGGUUGGCGGCCGACUUUGCUCAGAUGGAGUUAGCCGUGGCUCCUCUUUGCAGGCGGGUGUCAGAUCUGGGGAAGGCGUACCGUCUGCUACGAUCUUUCAGACCCCUGCUGUUCCAGACGAGCGAACACAUCGCUAGCAGUCAGACGCUGGGAGAUUUGAUCCCAUACAGCACCAUAUUGCAUUUCCUAUUCACCCGUGCACCCGCCGAACUCAAAUCCCCACACCAGAGAGCGGAGUGGUCAAUCUCACGUUAUUCUCAGUGGUUGGAUGACCACCCAUCAGAGAAGGACCGUCUGACGCUCAUCAGGGGUGCACUGGAGGCGUACGUGCAGUCGGUUCGAACCCGACAGGGGAAGGAGUUUGCUCCGGUCUAUCCCAUCAUGCUACAGCUUCUGCAGAAGGCCACCAGCGCAUUAUAGGACUUAACAAUUAUACAAUACACACUCAUUUUCAACAAAACAAUUGUGAAUUAUUCCGAUUAUUUUCUUACAGUCAUAAAUUAAUUUUGUUCACGGAUGUGUUUUUUAUGGGUUGUUUGGUUAUUAUCGACACUAGUAUGGCUUUCAUAAGGAUUUCUUUCUUUAUAAUGUAUCUAUAGAUUUUCUUUCUAUUUUUUUCUUUAGUGCUAGACCAAAAUAAUCAUAACAUGAUGUAAAUGUUGAUUAAAAAUGUGAUAAUCCUUUAUUUAAAGGGGACAGAGAAUGAAAAAACAUUUUUACCUUGUCUCUGUUGAAUAAUGGUAGUCUACCCGCAUUCACAAACAUAGAAAAAGUUCUAGACAUGCUAAACAUCUCAGUCUCAUAGAAAUUCCUCUUUUAGAAAUGUCAGCCAGAAAACGGCCCAAUCUGAAAAACUGAUGCUUAUGACAUCACAGGCAUCUAACUGCCCCUCCACUUUAAAAUAAUUGGCUACAUUUUUUGAGUGGCAACAAAGUCAGCAAAUCAGUAAUGAGAUUGCAAUUUAAGCCAGUAGGGGGGGGCAAAUAGGUGCAAAACCACUUGUUUAAAAUCCCCCACCCUAAUAGAGCUAUCUGAGAGAGGUUUUUAGGAAGCUUCUAAGGCAUUACAGACCCAAACAAAAACAUUUUUGUCUACAUGUCACAUCACAGAACAAGGAUACUCCGUUCAAUCAUUCUAUGUCACCUGGCUUUAAGAUGUGAGGUGUUGUUAUGUUGAGCUUUUCGGUACAGAUUUUGGAAAUAUAUAAUACUAUAUAUUGGCCCUUGUAGAGAAUUCCUAUUAUAUUCUAUUAUAUUAUAUUCCUAUAAUUUCUGGGAGGAUAAAUAUUGAUUAGUGUCUGAUUAAUAAGGAUUUAAAAAUCACUCCAAAGUAGGGAUGCACCGAUACCGAUACUGGUAUCGGGUAUCGGCCUCGAUACCAAAUUUUUUUUAAAGUACUUGUUAAAAGUCCCCUGAUAAAGGAGAUCGAUACCACGGUCUGAGAAAUGUCUAUGUUUGAGCGGCGUGUAAGGGGUUAAUGCCUCUUGUGUGGUCCAAAGAGGCAGAGUUUACAACAAACUGGAAAAUUAGUCCCUUGUUUUUUUUUUUGUUAAAUUAUAUGACUAAAGCUGUUACCUGUAAAUUUAAAUCAUGUUUUUUUAAGUACGGUAUCGGUAUCGGCAAGUACUGAAAUGCAAGUACUCGUACUUGUACUCUUAUUCAAAAAAAGUGGUAUCGGUGCAUCCCUACUCCAAAGGAUAUAAUGAAGAUAAGGCGGACCCCUUUACCCUAAAAAAUUGUCUUGGCACUUAUGGCAGUGUAUGAAUGUCAUUUCAUUACAUAACAAUAGCAAAUUAAUUGAUUAAUAGCAAUGUCUAGCUGUCAAAUGAUUACAAAAAUCACCAGCAAGUCUUAGCAAAAAUUGAUGGUUGAUGUAGAAGUGGCUUUAUAUUCAGCUCAGGUUCUAGCUGAGGUUCCUGUUCAUCUCCUUGAAACUCAAACUCGUGCUGUCUCCACCUGAACCACCAGAGACGUUCAGAUGAUCUUCAGAGACAUGACACACUUGUUUCAUCUGUCUCCAGCGAGCACAACUUUCACACUGACUUUUCCCUGAAUUGGCACUGAAUUCUUAUAUGUGUUGUGUACAAACUGCCAGUUACUGUGCUUCUCUCUCUCUUUCUCUCACAGUCUCUCUCUCUCAUUUUUGCAUAAUUAUGUAAAUGUGAUUCAUCCAUUAUUACUAACUGUUCCUUGAACAAUUAUGCAUUUGAAUGAGUUUUGUUUAUGCAUCUAAGAGAGGCAGUUACUCUAAAAAAUUUCACGCUGUCUUAGUCAGCAGGGUCUAUCUGUACUUGUCUGCAUAAUCUGGACAUACAAAUAACUAUAAAUGAAUUAUUAUGUAUAACAUGAGUCCUAAAAAUGCAGAUAUCCCCUUGUUUUGCAUACAGAUAUUUAAGAAUAUGAAGUAGAUAAAAAAAAACAUUGGCCCCCAAAAAAACUUUUGCCAGAAGUAUUGUGUAAACAAAUGAGCAGAAUUUAUUUGAGACUUUUUUCUUUUAACAAACUGUUGUCAAGGUCUUUAUUUAAACUGAUCCCUGUUUUUACCUUUAAUGAAACAUCAUAUGGUCAGUGUAUGUCUGGACAGAAAAGAAAAAGGCAAAGUUAAGAUACGCAAGUUAGAACAUUCCUAAAGGUCCUAUCAUCUGGUUUCAAAUCUCAAUUCUCUUGAAUAUAAGAGGAUACAGCCCUAAAA